AUGCCCAGACGAGACGAGAUGGUGUCCUCUGCGCUGAGGAAGGUUUUGUUCUUCUUUCUCGUCUUCUGCGGGGUGACAGUCUCAGCACUGCACAAGGAGUUUUCUGAGACGUUCGUUGAGGAAGACAGAUCAGGUGUCCAUGGCCCCCCUGUAGUCAGACCUGCUCCAACUAAGUCCAAAUCUGGCCCUCCCCACAGCACUCAACAUGUCCAACCUCAACCACAGGACUCUCCCAGUAACCCAACUAGGGCACACACACAGCAAGCUGAUAGAAAACUAGAGGUGAAAAGCAAAAAGGAUGCAGAGAUUUUGGAACACGGUACACAAAAUGUCCAGUCUGGAGUACAGAAGCCACCAUCUCCACACAAGGCAGCCCAACAGGUGGGAAAAGUGGCUAGUAAAGAAGCAAAAAUUGAGCUCAAAGAAGAUGAAGAGGUUUUGGACCACUGGCAAGACUUCCCUGAACAGCCCCUACAGCUGGUGAUGCCUGACGUCACCCACAAGAAACUGGUACUGGUACAGCAGAAUGUCAAGUUGUUGCACAGGAUAUCAGGAGCGGUGGCCACCAUUGCUGUGGUGGGAAAGUUCCACUCAGGGAAGUCCUUCCUCAUGAACCAGCUCAUGGGCAAGUCCACCGGCUUUGGGGUCGGCCCCUAUGUACGGCCACACACCAUGGGCAUUUGGAUGUGGGGAAAGCCUAUGGAGAUGACCCUUCCUUCUGGAGACAAACUUUCUGUCAUCUUCCUCGACACUGAAGGUUUUGCAGCCAACAACAUCUCAGAGAACUACGAUGCCAAGAUCUUUGCUGUGUCGACCCUCCUCAGCUCCUAUCUCAUCUACAACUCUGUCAAAAUCAUCGACCAGGCCGACAUAGACUACCUGGAAGUAUUGGCCAGGAGAACUCAGCUGUUUGCCUUGCGGUCCCAGAUGUCCAGGUCUAAGUGGGCGGAUGACUUCAACCAUGACCUGCUCAGCUUCCCUCCUCUUCUGUGGGUUGUUCAGGAUUUUGCCCAGCUGCUGGGAGAUAACGAUUCCCCCCAGGAGUGGCUGAGGAAACUGAUGGACACGUCAGCAUGGGACAACGAAGACUAUGAGAUCAGCCUGCUGGGUGUCUUCAAGUCCGUGGACUGCCACACCCUGUUCCUCCCUGCAACCAGGAGGGAGCUGCUACAGGACCUGUCUCAGGCACGAGAAGAAGAUCUAACAGAAGAGUACAGGGAGGAGAGAGACAGUCUGAUCAGCAAGCUCAGGAAAGGACUGGUCCCCAAGGAGAAAAACGUGCAACAUGAACCAGUCAUAGUUGCCCUGAAGAAGGUGACAGACGAUUAG